UUGAAAACAAAAUUUACAAGAAAACGUACCAACGAACGAAUGUAUGUGUGUGUGUAUAUGUUAUGAUCAUUGUAAUCACCGAACGUGAAGAAGAAGUAGUAACGAAAUCCAGAGGCCAACGAAGUAAACAACAAUCUGAACAACAACAAUAACAAUCAAACACAAUACUUUCAACCAAUCGUCGCCGGCGCGAACAGUUUUCUUAAGGAACUCGAACGGAUAAGACUGAAUUUCGUUGUACGAAAGCAAGAGCGGACGUUUAGUUUUUAACGGUUUUUACGUGCUUGCGUGAGUGUGUGUCAAGUUGUUUUGUUUUUGUUGUGAUUAAUUCUCUCAAAUCGUUUUCAAACACAAAAGUGAAUUCUCAAUCAAAUGCAAAUGCAAUGAGUAUGCGUCAUAUAAAAUCUAUGAAAUUCCAAUUUAAAGCUGAAUUUAAAAUGUAGAAAAUCCAUGAAUAUCGAUGAGCGAAAGAAAAUACUAAAACCAAUGUGCUUUGUUAUGGUUAAUUCCAGAAUCAAUAUGUGUGAUUAAUUAUUUUCUUACGAAAUAAAAAACAACAAAAUGUCUAAAUUGUUAUAAUAUAGAAGAUCCAUCCAAAAAAAAAAAUACUGUGAAAUAUUUUAAUAAUUAGCACUUAGUUGAAAAACGUAAAAAUCGCCGAAAUAAUUAUAACAAGUUACCCAGUAUUUUUUACCUUAAUUGAAUCAUUAUGAAUCAACCUCGAUCAAAGUGGCCGCCCAUCAGCAGUAGGCGUGGCUGUUGUUUAUACCGAAUGGAUUUAAUUUUGCUGCUCUUAUUGGGAUUAUGGAUAUCAAAUACCAUCAUUGGAUGCAAAGCAUUACCGCAUCCCAGACCACAAAUUGCUGACAAUAGCAUAAGAAAAAGCGACAUGGACUAUGAAAGAAAUUAUGCCGUCGAACUAGGAGCACCGUUGGUCAUACCUUUGUUGGAGGAAAUCAUUUUAGAAAAAGGCUCUGAUACUGAGUUGAGAUGCGAAUCGAACGAGCCAAUCGUAUGGAAAUAUCAUUACGAUGCUGAAGUUGGGGAAGAAGUGGCUUAUGUGCCCAACGACAAAAGCCGACCGUAUGGUCAAAUUUUACCAUUGAAAGAGGUCACUCACCAAUCUGUAGGCAAUUAUUAUUGCAUUAAGGAGUCCAGUGUGAAUCUCAGCAAUGUUAUUGAGGAUUCAACGCUCACCGAUUUGGCCAACAAUAAUUUGGCAACAUCGAUUUAUAUCUAUGUAAAUGAUACGGAAAACUUGUUGGCACCCAUGCCAUUCCCGGUUAUUCAUGUGGUACAAUUCCAAGAUGCUGUUAUUCCAUGCAAACCCUCAAUGCCCGAUAUUGAGGUUUUGCUAACGAUACCCAGUAGUAAGACUUUAGCCAGCGAUAGCGGUGUACGCUAUUCUCCACGCUUGGGCUUUGUAAUCGAAAUACGCAGCAUGGAGGAACAUGGUACCUAUAUAUGCCGUCCGAAAAUACCAUCGCCAGACAAUGAGGACGAAUCCACCGACAUCGAAAUUAUACUGGGUAACAAAAUUGUUAAUCAUUUAACAUGGGCUAACCCAACGGGCCAAUCAACAUCUGGAGAAAUUUUGGGUCUUAUCACCAACACCUUAUGGAAUACCACAAAUGUUAUAACCACUACAACUACAACCUCUUCACCUAAUCCUAAUCCCAAAACUGCAGCAGUGCCAACUCCUAUCAGCACUGUUGUAAAAAGUUCAGUAACUAACCCAAACCAACUAGUCUAUGUCACUAACAGCACCCAUGUUAGUCGUCUCAUUAAUAAUGUCGUCCCCGAUCGUAAUGUCCCUGGGCUUGAUGAUGGUAAUGGUGGUGCGGAUGCUAAUGAGAUGAAUGAUCUGGUCAUAGAAAAUGAAUAUCUCUCACAACAUGACACAUUGCACAACAAUCAUUUGGGUGAUGGUAUUAUCAUAGAAUACAUGCAACAUCAAUUUCGACAAUAUCCAUACUCAACAACUACAACUACGACUACGACAACCAAUAACUACGACGAUUACGAGGAUUCCAAUAGCAACAACGACUCUGAAUAUCAUCAGAGUGAGCAAGAAUCCUCGCAAAGUUUAGAAUCUAACUUCGCUGGUUUAAAUGUCCCCAUUUUAAGAGCUAAGCGUGAUGUAGAAACCACAACCCGACAUUCAUCUCGAGCAUCCCAUUCAAAAAGUAGUACUCCUAAGCCACGUACUGAGAAAAUGGAGAGACCUAAUGUAACAUCGACCUCCAAACAUCAUGCCUUGGUGGGUGAGACAUUUCAUUUGAUUUGUGAAAUUCGAACAGCCCAUGAUGUUAUAGUGAAGAUAACAUGGAAUCUGCCCGAAGGAGUGGACAGAGCACGAACCACCGAAAUUAGUCGCAAAUCCUCAAAGUAUACCGCCCAACAUACCUUUACCGAAGGUGUACUCACGGUGAGCAAUGCCCAGCUGAGCGAUAGCGGCAAAUACACUUGCAACGUCACCGAUCACAGUAAUCACAAGAACAAGGACUCAUACGACAUGGUCAUAAUGGAAGAAGGUCAAUCCUAUAUUGAGAUUCGUGAAACAAAUGAUUACUACGAAGUGAAAUCACCAGCUAAUAAGACAAUGCAAAUGGCCAUACUCUAUAAAGGUUAUCCACAUCCCAGCCUUAAAUGGUAUGGACCAGAUGGCACUCAGAUACCUCAGGGUAUAUCCGGCAAUGGCAAAUACAAUGUCUCAACUUUAGAUGACAAGACCACAUUGACCGUUCGAAAUGUCCACUUGCUGGAUAGUGGCCGCUAUGUGGUCAAGGCUUCGAAUGGAGUAGUGGAAAAGGAACUUGAAUUCAAUGCUACUAUAUUUGAUAAGCCCAUAGUGGCCAUUAGUGAUGUCUAUGUGCAUGAGGGAGAAAAGGCCCAUGUACAGUGCCAUGUGAAGUCGCAUGUUAAACCUAUAGUUACAUGGGUCUUUAGGCCAUGCAGCAUUACACCGCGUUGGCCAUCGUGUACAAAAAAACUCAUUCAAGAUUUCAAUGAAACAAGUUCCCGCAAUGGUGAUACUCCACUUGAUUUCAUCUUUGACAUGCAUUUCAUGCCCUCCUCUCCUGGCAUCGUGUUAUGUAAUGCGGCCAACAAAAUCGAUCUCGUCAAUGGCAAGGCCCAUGUUUUUGUACGCGAUAUUGGGGAGAAUAUGACCAUCUAUGGCAUUAAUGACACCGACAUCAUUGCAUUGGGUGAUACAGUAACGAUUACUUGUGCAGCCGUAGCCUAUCAUUUUACAGAUGAUAUUCAAUGGUUCGAUAAGGAAGGCGAGCCAAUUCAAGAAUCGGAAAAUAUUAAGAUGACAACUACGGCCAGCGAAUAUUCCUAUAAAAAAUCUCUCACCUUUAAACAUAUUCGCGAUGACGAUCAGGGUCUGUAUGAGUGUCGCGCCCGACAACUCAAUGAUAAAGAUGAAUAUAGGAUAAUCAAUAUUAUAGCACAUGAACCAUCUUCACCCAUCAUGACCUUCACCAAUCUGGGUAAAAAAAAUAAAAUUGAGCGUAAGUUGGGUGAAUCCCUGGAGCUACGCUGCGAGUCUCAUGCCAUACCAAAGGCCACAGUUACCUGGUAUAAGGACGAUGUUGAGCUGACAAAUAUUACCAGCGAUUAUGUUGGCCACUUUUUGAUACCCUACAUCAAACCCGAAGAUCAGGGUCAAUAUAAAUGUGUGGUCCAAAACAGAUUGGGAGUCAUUGAACAGACAGUGAAUAUAAAAAUCACAAAUAUACCUGGUUUAACCUUGGGCUGGAUUUUCGGCAUUGUCUUGCUGCUGUUGGUGCUAAUUGGCUUGGUCAUCUAUCUGUGCAUACGAGUUAAAAGGGAACGUAAACUUUUGCGUGAACUCAAAGCUGCCGGCUUGGCCAAUUUCGAAGAAGGUGCUGUGGAACACAUCAAUCCUGCUCUCACUUUAGAUGAACAAGCCGAUUUACUACCCUACGAUCGUUGCUUUGAAUUUCCUCGUGAUAAAUUGAAGUUGGGCAAACAGCUGGGCGCUGGUGCUUUUGGUGUUGUCUUGAAAGCCCACGCUGAGGGUAUACGGCCCGAAGAAAAGGAGUCAGUGGUGGCUGUGAAAAUGGUUAAGCGCAAUGCUAACAACGAGGUGAUGCGUGCUUUGGUGUCGGAGUUGAAAAUUAUGGUGCAUUUGGGUCAACAUUUAAAUGUGGUCAAUUUAUUGGGAGCAGUGACUAAGAACAUAGCAAAACGUGAACUUAUGGUUAUUGUGGAAUUUUGUCGUUAUGGCAACGUUCAAAACUUCCUAAUGCGUAAUCGUAAACGCUUCAUCAAUCAAAUCAAUCCUCAAACUGGUAAGAUUGAUCCAAACAUCAUAACCCAAAGAUUUUCGGACAACUUUGAGUUAGAUCGAUCUGGUCUGAAAUAUGUUAACCUAUCUUUCUCGAACCAUCAAUAUAUCAAUCAUAUGAACAAUAUGAAUAAUAUCAACAAUAUGAACAACUAUUAUUCCAUAAAUAACCGCAGAGAAACGGACAAUGACCCUCGGUCUGGUACUAGAGCAGGCCGCCCUGGUUCCACUGGAUAUAUUACACAAUCGGAACUGUACGAGGGCCAAGUGAAUACAUGUGGCACGGAGCGCACUGUGAUGACAACAGUACCAGAAGAUGACGACAACAUUAUGUCAAAUAAUUCAGUACAACCAGCAUGGCGCUCGAACUACAAGUCCGAUUCUACCGAAGCAAUGUCAAUUACCACUAUGGAUCUUAUUAGCUGGUCUUUCCAGGUUGCUUGCGGCAUGGAGUAUCUUUCCUCAAAGAAAGUUCUACAUGGCGAUUUGGCUGCGCGUAAUAUUUUACUGUGUGAGGAUAACAUUGUAAAAAUUUGCGAUUUUGGUUUGGCUCGCUCCAUGUACAAGAGUGAUAACUACAAGAAACAAGGCGAUGCGCCUUUACCAAUCAAAUGGUUGGCCUUGGAAUCCUUAAGUGAUCACAUUUUCAGCACCUAUACCGAUGUUUGGUCGUUUGGCAUUGUAAUGUGGGAACUGUUCUCAUUGGCUAAGGUCCCCUAUCCCGAAAUUGAUGCCAAUCAGAGUUUAUACUUGAAGCUGAAGGAUGGCUAUCGCAUGGAGAAGCCACCAUAUGCAAAUGAUGAUUUAUAUGAUAUCAUGUUGGAAUGUUGGAGCACAAAUCCGGAAAGAAGACCCUUAUUUAAUGUAUUGAAGGAGAGAUUUGCCCUGAUGUUGGGUGAAGAGAUAGCAAGUCAUUAUGUGGACCUAAAUGAGCCAUAUCUUCGCGUAAACACAGAGUACAUGAAGCGUAAUCAGACAGAUUAUUUAGCCUUAAUGGGUUCGCCAGAUGAAAUGGCGCCGCCACCACCAAAAUAUGUCAAUGGACAUAUCUUACCGGAAAUACGCAUUGAUUUAUCUUCGGAUGAUUAUUUACAAAUGAGUCCCAAUGGAGGCUCGGUCAUUUUCUCACCAACACGUCCCAAAGACUCACCACCCACGGUCACCGAUGAUGGUGCCGAUCAACCACCCAAUAUCUCAACUACUUCCUUUCAAUUCCCAGAUACAGCAGCCGAACAACAUUCCCCCACGAUAAUUAAUAAUCUGGAUAGUCCCGAUGACAAGCCGCCGCGCCAUAAGAAGAAUGGGGUCGAACCCCUGCCCGAGGAGAUUCCCAUGCUGCAAGGUGUAAAUCGCCAGGAUAAGAGUCCAGAGCCUCCGCGAAGAUUUAUUGAUGUACUGCAACAACAGAUGACGAAUAUGCCCACACCAUCACCCCGCCAUCAUAUAAACGAGACUAGGCUAACGGGAGAGGGAUCAGAGAAUUAUGUGAACAUUAAAUCGCCCAAGAAGACCCUUAACAGCAAUGGCUCGAAAGCUGCUGAUGCUUUCUCCAAUCCCAGCUAUCAGAUACUCAAGCAGGGUGCAGAAAAAGAUGAAACCAAGUAAUUGCUAUAUGGAGUAUGAAAAAGUGAGAGAUUAAGUGAAUGAUAAGACGUAAACGACUUGUGCUCAUAGAAAUCAACUAUUUCCUAAUUGAAACUUUUGAUUUUAUGCUAUAUAGGUUCUUAUAAGUAGUAAUCAAAUUGUAGUUUCAAAUUUGAACAGAAGAUGACUUUUAAUUGAAACUAAAAGUUUUGAAAGAAAGUAAUUGUUUAUAGAGCCAAAAGUCGCCAUUGAAGUUCUUUUAUCAUUCGCCGGCGAGAGAGGGACAAAGCGAGUGUGAGAGUUUUCGUUCUAUUUCAUGUUAUUUAUUUUGCUGUUCCAUUCUUUUAGUCCUACUCUCUAACGCUCUCUCUCUCUCUCUCUAUCUGCCUUCCCCUCUUCCUCUCUAUUGGUCAACUUGUAAUAUAAUACUUGUCGUUUUGGGCGCAUCACCUAGUGAUGCGUUCUUAUUUUAAGCUGUCUUCAUUGUGAAUCCCAUUCAUACAUCUUCUCCGUAUUGUGCAAGUCCUAUUUUUAAUGUGACUAAAAUAAUUUGUAGCUUUUUAAACUUGACUUCCAAAAAGCUUUUAUUGCAUUUAAGUUCUCCAAAAAUAAUAAAAUCGUUAUUUAUUAGAAAGUUUUUAAAGAGAAAUAAAAAAUGUUAAUAAUACACAUCAUUACUCUUCAUACGGGAUACGUUAAUAUAAGGUUAAGUCAAUUACAAAACAUAAAGUGGAUAGGCCCCAUGAACAUCAUUAAGAUUGUCAAAAUCUGCCUAUUGUGAAUGUUAAAAAAUGUCAGUAAAAUUUUGUAUUUCUUAUAAAAUUCAGCAUAUUGCACAUCCACGCAUUAUUUUUAUACCCACCACCGACGGAUGGGGGUAUAUUCAUUUUGUCAUUCCGUUUGCAACACAUCGAAAUAUCCAUUUCCGACCCUAUAAAGUAUAUAUAAUCUUGAUCAGCGUAAAAAUCUAAGACGAUCUAGACAUGUCCGUCCGUCUGUCUGUUGAAAUCACGCUACAGUCUUCAAAAAUAGAGAUAUUGAGCUGAAAUUUUGCACAGGUUUUUUUUUAUCCAUAAGCAGGAGUUCGAAGAUGGGCUAUAUCGGACUAUAUCUUGAUAUAGCCCCUAUAUAGACCGAUCCGCCGAUUUAGGGUCUUAGGCCAAUAAAGGCCACAUUUAUUAUCCGAUUUUGCUGAAAUUUGGGACAGUGAGUUGUGUUAGGCCCUUCAACAUCCUCCGUCAAUUUGGCCCAGAUCGGUUCAGAUUUGGAUAUAGCUGCCAUAUAGACCGAUCCUCCAAUUUAGGGUCUUAGGCCCACAAAACCCACAUUUAUUAUCCGAUUUUGCUGAAAUUCGGGACAGUGAGUUG